GCAAGUAUAAAAAUCCACUGACCCGGAGAACAUUCGCCAAAAGCAGUAUGAGGAUUUCAAAACAAACAGAGACAAUGAGUAUAAGACCAAACCCUACCGACAUCCAGAAAAGUCUACUUCGGACAUGCGUAUGAUAACUUUUUCCAACCCAAACUUUCAUUCGGUUAUUUCGCCUAAGGAAUUGGCAGAUGCUGGUCUUUUCUACACAGGAGAGAACGAUCUUGUGCGUUGUUUCGCCUGCGAUGGAGGAUUCCGCAACUGGGAGGCAAACGAUGAUCCAUGGACAGAACACUGCAGGUGGUUUCCGUCCUGUAGGUUUGCAAGAGAAGUCAAAGGGGACGCUUUCAUUGAGAACGUUCAACAGCAAACGACUCGGGCUCGACAUACCGCUACAUGCACAGAGCCAGCAAUUAGACAUCAGAAUGACAUUGCGCAUGACAGCGACUUUGAGAUGUUACGCGUAAUCGUUGUCGAGGAAAUGGGCUUCAGCGAUGACACAUUCAAAGCAGCGCUUAAACGACUGAAGACAAAUGGAACUAUACCGAGCAUUGAUGACGUCAUUGCUUUCAUUGAAAGCAUGCACAUUCAAGGAACUGACGCAGAUAGCUUUCAUGAAGACCCAAUUACAGAAAACAAGCGACUGAAGAGCUUACUUCUGUGCAUGAGGUGUGAGUCCAAAGACGCCAAUGUCCUGUUCCUACCAUGUGCCCACCAUCGGAUGUGCAUUGAAUGUGCACGCGGAAUCGAAACAUGUCCUGUCUGUCAGCAGACGAUACAAACAAGCGUCCAGACAUUCCUAUCGUAGACUGUUUUGAAAUAGAUAAAAACAUUAAGGUCACUUGAAAAAUAAACCAGAAGACUGUCGAUGAAAAGAAUAAACACAAUAUUCAUCUUAUAUAACUGAACAGACUGGUUCCACAAAAAAUAUUCUCUAAUAAUUCGACCAAAAUUUGUUAACAGAUAGAACAGGGUCAUUCAUAGAUUCGAGAAGGCGUUUAAUGUUUAAUAAAUGUUAUUUCAGUUUCUGCAUUACACGUAAUAUUGAUUGAGGCAUGCAUACAUUGUAAGUAAAUCAAAUAAAAAAUACAAACGCAUUAUUAUACAUAAAGCUCCUCAUUAUCGAUAAAACCAAAGA